UCCAGCCAGCCCACUAUGACCACGACUGUGACUACAUGAUAGUCAUACUCAUACAGUUUAAGCAUUAUCCAUUGACGAAUAAAGUUAGGAAUUUACGAAUGGGCUAGGUCGAGCUACUAAGAAAUAUUUAGACAUAUAGCCGAGCUAAUUUUAGUUACUAGCAUAAUAAUUGACUGGCUCGUGAGCUAGCUCAUUAUAAAACAAGCUAACUUAUUAUAAAACGAGUCGAACUCAAAUCGAGCUAUUAACGAACGAAUCGAGCGAGUUACGAGUUUUUUACGCUGCCUUACACACCAUAGUGGUCGGUACCCUACCUCGAUCGAAUCCGGGACCAGGCCAAAGCAAGCAUUCCGGUGUGCUGCCGGCGGGUCCCACCGGCCAGCCGCCCCCGAUGGCGCCCACCGCUUUCACCUCCUAACCACAGUUAGCUCAACCUAACCCAAAUCCAAACCCAAACCACUGGUUGGAGUUACCAAACUGCCCCCAACCAACCCUUAUAAAUAGCCUCUGCCCCGCUCUCCCCUCAGUUUGCCCAAACGAAACCACCAGCAGAGCAGGACACCACAACUCUCACUCCCCGCGCCCAAUUCGGAGCUCCAACCGUCCAAUUCGCUCGCCUGCCUACCUGCGAUCUCUCCAUGGCGACUGCAGCAACCACCAGGAGGCCGAGCGGCCCAGUCCUCUCGGCCGCGCACUACCGCUCCGCUUCGUCCACGCGCGUCUCGCUCCCCGGCGCCGGCGCCCGCGCGCGGCCACCGCCCGGGCAGUCCGUCAGCGUCUCGUCGUCGUCGAGGAGCCGGCGGACCUGCAUGUGCUCGCCGACCAACCACCCGGGCUCGUUCCGCUGCAGCCUGCACAAGGAGCGCGUCAAGCCGGCGUCGGCGGGCUCCCACGGCGUCCACGGGCACGGACACGGCAAGCCGAGCUCCCCGCCUUCCCCUGGCGGGGCGGGCCCGGCCCCGACCACCAGCCGGCUGAGCGCGGGCAGGCGGAUGGGCAGCGCGCUGGUGCGGAUCGGCGCCGUGGAAGGCGGCGAGUGCGCGCGCCGCGCGCUCGCGGCCACCGUCCGACCCUCCCCCGCCGCGCAGCAGUCGCAGCACCGCCGUCGCGUCGGCGGCGCCCGGCCCCGACCCAGCCGCCUCUCCGACGUCUCCUUCGCCGGCGACCGCCCCGGCGACAACGGCCACCAUCAAUAAACCCCGCCGACAUGUCAUCGUAUUCGUAGGACUAGCACUAGUAACAGUAUAGCACUAUAGCAGUAGUAAAAACAGGAGGAAGAAAGAAAUCUCUCUUGCUGUAACUCUCUCAGACUGAAAGUGAGUAAGAACAGAAGAGCUUGGAGCUUAUUAUUGGAGCGCUGGCAGUGGAUCAGGACUAGUUUUGGGAGCCUGAUCCAUGGAUGGAUCCUCAUCCAUGAAAAAAAAGGCUUUCUUGUGUACAUAGAAUUCCAGCCGAUGAGCUGCGAGUACCCGCUUUGGAUGAAUUUUCUUGGAUGGAUAAACAUGACCGAGGAAUGGAGACAACUGGAUUUUGCCCCAACUGUGGAGGCCACUCA